GCUUCUUCCUGGAUGGCUUCCCGGGGCAGGGUGAAGCCCCUACAGCCGGGGACCAGCAGUCCUCAUGAUGGACACUUCACUGUGAAUGUCCGGCUGCCCGAGACCGGGGAGAAGUUCUCGGUAGCCGGGUGCAGCCAGCGUAUGAAGGUGGGAGAACUGAAGGAGAAGCUGGAGCUGCUGGCUGGGAUACCCAAGAACCUCCAGACACUGUCCCACCUGGAUGAUGGGGACAUGCCAGAUAGUUCCACAUUCAAGUUCAAUGGUAUUUUUCCUGGAGCCAAGCUGUCUCUGAGCAUCUGGCCAUAUGAUGGUUUGACUGAUCUGAUACAAUCUGCAGCGACUGGAAAUUUGGCAAAGCUGAUCGGUGUGGGGGUCUCCCCUGAUUCUUCAUUCAACACAGAGAAUUCCUUACGUUUAAAUAUGAAGCAGAAGAAGGAGUGGUUGGCUGCUAGGUCAGGGCUAGCCUUGUACGUCGCAUCCCAUCGAGGCCACCUCCAUGUCAUACGAUUCCUUCUACAGAACGGAUGCAACGUGCAAUACAAGACUCAUCUUGGAAAUACUCCUCUUCACGCGGCAGCGGCCACAGGCAAAUACGACUGCAUAGAUGAGCUCUUGGCUAACGGCGCGCAGAUGCAAGACACUAAUGGGGAAGGACACACAGCGCUGGAUGUGGCUCGCGUGUGCGGUCACAAGAAGGUGGAGCGCAGGCUUUUCUUUUUCCAGUGGGAAGAAAGAGCAGCCAAUUUGUCAAUCAAGAGGCACCUUGACCCCUCUGAACUCUUCGCUCAUCAGAAACAUGACUCAAAACUAAAGACUUGGUUGAGCGGGUCUCAUGCCAAACGUUACAUGUCUAAUCUGAUCCCAUUUCAAGAAUUCCAGGGGUCGCACUUAAGUGCCCCUCCAAAGAAGAACCCAGUCUAAGGGGGCAUUCACACGACCAUGUGUGUUUUGGGGCCUGCAAAAAGCAGAUCCCGCAAAAUACGGAUGAUGUCCAUGUUGCAUCCGUUUUUUUUUUGUUUUUUUUUCCACAAACUUCAGUAGGUCUGUGAGCCACAUUUUGCAGCCAAGAAUAGGACAUGUUCUAUCUUCUUCAGAACGGACAUACGGAUGCGGAAAGCACACGGGGGUCUUCUUAUCCUUCCCCAAAGGAUAAAACAUGUCCUAUUCUUGGCUUCAAAUGUGGGCCACGGACUCAUUGAAGUCAAUGCGUCUAAAAAAGGAUGGACGUCAUCCAUAUUUUGCGGACCGCAAAAAUACAUACGGUCGUGUGCAUGCACCCUUAAAAAAGACAAAAACAUGAAAGUGUGGAGGGUGAAGAUGGUAAUUAAAAUGGUGGAGCCAAAAGACCGAUGAGCAGGAUAAAACCUCAGAAGGAAAGGACCAGGAUAAGGUGGUGCCCAGAAGAAGAGAUGAUGUGGUGCAAUAAGACCACGUCUCAGGGUCUGUAUAACCAUCUUCAGAUCCCAACAAACGUGUAGCACAAAACAAACACAAGUGCCAUCCAUGCAAAUAAAAACGCCUAAGUUUUUGGGGGUCAGGCCUCCUGGAAUCUAGAAUAGAGGAGGGCUAGGCUACAGAUAUAUAGAAGACGGCAGUAAUGUGCUUCCUGACAAUGGUAUAAAAACGAGAAGCCUGGUGGUUAUUACUAAAGGUUGCUGUAUUAAAGGGGUCGUCUUACGUCAGCAAAUGGCAUUGAUCAUGUAGAGAAAGUUAACAUAAGGCACUUUACUAAUGUAUUGUUAUCCAUAUUUCCUCAUUUGCUGGCUGGAUUCAUUUUUCUAUCCCAUUAUACACUGCUCAUUUCCAUGGUUACGACCACCCUGAAAUCCAUCAGCGGUGGUCGUGCUUGCACAAUAUAAAAAAAAGCACCGGCCUGUGUGUACGCCAACGU